AAGAAGUGUGAGAGUACGAGUCAUAAUUGCUAUCUCGUUCCUCGUUAUGUAUGUUUUGGCUUCGUAUAUUAUCGUCGAAAAGUAUUUCUUUAUCAAACGCAAAGGUUACGCAAACGCACCUAAAGUGGAGUUAGAAUAUGUCGUUGUACAUUUGGAUUUAAAGGGAGCUCCUCCGAAGUUGGCGUAUCUGGCGUCCCUGCUGCCGAUGAUGAAGAAACAUGGCGUCAAUGGUCUUCUUAUUGAGUAUGAGGAUAUGUUUCCCUACGAUGGAGUACUGGAAAACUUGAGGAGGUGGAAUAGUUACAAAAAGGAAGAGCUCCAUGCAUACCUCGUCGCCGCAGUAUCAUCUGGUUUCGAGAUAAUCCCUUUGAUCCAAACAUUCGGCCACAUGGAAUUCGCCCUAAAGCAUCCCCAUUAUGAUUUUUUAAGGGAAGCUCCUAAAUUCCCUGAAUCUAUCUGUCCUAGUAUUUUGGAGAGCCAGCAUUUUCUAGAAGAAAUGAUUAAACAGAUCAUAAGUUUUCACCAAAAGAUAGCUCCUUUGAAUUACAUCCAUGUAGGUUGCGAUGAAGUUUCCCCUAUCAACAAAUGUAAUCUAUGUCGGCGAAGAAAUUCCACAAAUGAGGAACUGUUAACUGAGCACGUCCAUUUCCUUGUCGAAACUGUCCACCUCCUUAGUCCAACCACCACCGUUCUCAUCUGGGACGACAUGUACAGAGAUGUCAAACCUAUGGAUUGCAGCAACCUCAUCUUAACUGACACUGAAGUUGUAUACUGGGACUUCACUGCAAAACCUCAUGAAGAUGUGCACAUCAACAUGAACAAGUAUGGCCGCAUGUUUGAUAAUAUCUGGAUAGCGACGGCUUUUAAAGGAGCUGAUGGAAGGGAAAGCAUACUUCCUGAUCUUAAUGUGAGAUUCUACAACCAUCUCUACUGGCUCGACUUUAUAUUUAAUUAUGGCACUAUGAAGAAAUUGUAUAAAUUUAAAGGUAUAAUACUCACAGGCUGGUCAAGAUAUGACCAUGAUUCGCCAUUAUGUGAAAUUCUUCCAGCUUCAAUACCGAGUUUAAUUAUUAAUCUGAUCCUUAUUCAAAAGUAUACAAGUGGAAUAGUUGUUGAAAACAUGAACGAAUUGGAUGUUUUCAUUGAUGAACAUAUAGAGAAUAAUUUAGACUCUAGCCUUCUAUGUCAGAAUCGCAGCAAGCGUUUUUUGAAUGCAUUCAAUUCAAAAAAAUGUCGUUAUGAGGAAUCUGAUCUUUAUACUACACUUCAACUUCUAAGUAAUGCUUACAAAUGCUUUGUUUUAAAAAAUAAUGCCUCAAAUGAUGACGAAUCGAGUAUUGAAUAUGAAAACGUUGGCAACGUUCAAAAUCAAAUGGAAACAUGUUUAAGAAUUUUUAAUGAACUUUGUAAAAUUACUUUUGACAAAGAAAUUAUUGGAUUACUGUCAGAUUAUUUUGAAAAUGAAGUCAUAUUAGAAUAUAUUCGGUCAAAAAUACGUAGUUUGCAGGAAAACAUUAAAAGGAUUGUUCCGAUUUUUAGCAUUAAAUGA